AUGUUCGCUGAUGUUGUUUAUAAAAGUGAUCACGAAUACAUUCAAGACUCUGAAGAUAUUGAAGCCGGUCUUCUCGUAUUCAUCCCAUGUUUCAUUGGUUUAAUUAUGACAUUGAUAGCGCUCCGCGGAUUUUAUGUAAUUCCCGCGAUGAAUUCCUCUUUCGGAUAUUUGACCAGAUAUCAAUUGUAUCCUCAAAUCAUUGCGUCAUUGAACAGUGGAGGAUUUUACUUUUUCGGUGUUGUGUUGUAGGUUUUUUCUCCCAAUUAAAAAAAUAAUAACGAUUUUUAAGAGAUAUCAAAUUCAUCCUCAACAAUUCCAAAAUCUCUGGCCUAAUUUCUACAACACUUAUCCCGUUGCUUAUCUCCUUACACUUUCUAAUUUCUAUAAAUCGGUUUCUCGCCAUUACUUCACCUUUGUACUUUACUACUAUUUUCAAACCCAAAUAUCGUCGAAUUUAUGUUUUUGUGUGUUAUAUUGUUUCAAUUGUUCACACACCAAUCUUCACUUGGUAUUGUGAGUUUGAAAUUGAAACUUGAGAAGUUAAAGGUGAUUAGACAGCUAUUCCGGUUGGCCGAGACCACCCACAAAACCGUCAGAGUUGACCUGAACUUGAACCAAAAGAAAAAAAUAAAUGAAAUAUUGUUAUAAAAUCCUGUACGCAAAAAUGCGUCACAUUGUUUGCACAAAUUUUACAUUAUUUUUCAGAUAACUGUGGUUAUAAGUUCUACCAUUAUGGUUGGGUAUUCUCAUUCAUUAUUUCUGAUACUUGCGGUCCUAAGUUCGAAAUAUUAUUGCGAACUGUUCAAAGUGUUAUGAGCUGUAUAAUUGUGAUUCUCGACAUGGGAACAUUCAUUUCUCUGAUGUUCUUUGCGGUGAGAAAAAUCAAAAAUUAAAAACCUGAACGUUCAUGUUAAGAAACGAGUUCUCAAAACCAAAAGUGUCGAGAUGCGUAAACGCGAAGUCAAUUUCGGUCGACAAGUCGUUAUUCAAGGCUUCGUCGCCAUAGUCUACGGUAUUUUCUACAGUUUUGCUUUCCGCUGGAUACCGGGAAAUGUUCCCGAGACGUGGAGAAUAUUCUGGACAUCCACUUUUAUCGCUAGCCUACUGCACAUUGUCAGCACGUAGGGGUUUUUUUUGCUUGUGAGAGGAUAAGGAGUAACUAAUUAAUUUUCAGUGGAGUGAUUUUCCUAUUCAAUGCCGAAUUCUCGAAUUGGUUGCUGGCUAAGAAAAAACGAACAAUGCCAGUCAGCGUGUUCAAUGUGACAUAA